AUGAGAGAUCUCUCAAAAGAACAAAAUCCAAACCAAAAGGGUACACUCCCAAGUGACACAAUUGCAAACUCAAAGGGUAGUGGGAGUGGUCCAACUUCUCAUUGCAGGGAAAUUACAACUCGGAGUGGGAAAGUACUUCAAGGAGAGAACGAACAAGUGGUCGAAGUGGAAGAUUCCGAAGAAGAAGUUGAGGCACAAGUUGAGGUGCCAAUUGUUGUCGAAGCUAAAAAGGUCCCGGAAGAGUUGAAAGUUCAAGAAGUGAACCGGGAAGAGGAUAAGGAAAAGCAAUUAUCGGUAAAUGUUCCAUUUGUGGAAGCAUUUCAAGAGAUGCCGGGUUUUGCUAGCGUUCAAAAGAAAGAAGACUCGGGAGCUUUUAUAAUUUCAUGCACUAUUGGGGCACGCGAUUUUGCAAGAGCUCUUUGUGAUAAUGGGGCUAGCAUCAACUUAAUGCCUCUUGCUAUUUACAAGCAACCGGGGUUAGGUAUGCCGAGGCAUACAAGUAUAAGGUUGCAAAUGGCCAAUCGUUCAAUAAAAAGACCGGUGGGAAUUGUUGAUGAUGUGCUUGUGAAAGUGGGAAAGUUCCUCCUCCCCGUCGACUUUGUGAUCCUUGAUUGUGCCGUUGACAAAGAGAUACCUAUCAUCUUGGGGAGACCAUUUCUUUCCACCGGAAGAGCACUUAUGGAUUCGGAACGAAAUGAGAUCAAGUUCUGA